UCUCCCGGCUAAAGCUCCUCCAUAACCGCAAGCUGAUCACAUUUGAGAGACGAUGAAAGGCUCGCUGAAAUUGGUGGUGGCGUUGGCGGUGCUGGUGGUGGUCCUCGGGAUGCUGGGUGUCUGUGAGGGACGCUACCUCCCCACCAGGGGGGAUGAGGCUCGUCUCGAGGAGAUCAGGAUGAUGCUCAGGGACCUGCUGGAGGGCGCUGCUGGGGGAGCUCCACGGUUGGUCAAGAGGGACGUCGAAACUGAUAACUUUCAAGCCAGAAAUUCUUUAACUUGAACCGUGCAACAAUACUAAAUGGACGAAGUACUGGCAGUUUUCUUCAAUUAUUCUUGACGUUAAUUAUUGAAUG